CGUUGGGUGGGGGUGGGGCUGCAGCCCAGAGGUCUCUGUGGGAGAGGAGCCUGCCUGGCCAUGGGGCCCAGGCUGGGGGACUGGGGGUGCCUGCUGCUGACCCUGGCCGCGGCCCUGACACUGCCUACCAGGGCCCCUGGCUCCCUGGGGGCGCAGAUCAUCGGGGGCCGUGAGGUGACUCCCCACUCCCGGCCCUACAUGGCCUCUGUGAGCUUCGGGGGCCAGCACCACUGUGGGGGCUUCCUGCUCCGAUCCCGCUGGGUGGUCUCCGCUGCCCACUGCUUCAGCCACAGGGACCCCCGUGAGGCCCUGGUGGUGCUCGGGGCCCACACGCUGCGCCCCCAGGAGCCCACCCGGCAGGUGUUCGGCAUUGCGGCGGUGACCAGGCACCCCGACUACCAGCCGGCCACCCACGCCAACGACAUCUGCCUGCUGCGGCUCAACGGCUCUGCGGUCCUCGGGCCUGCGGUGGGGCUGCUGCACCUGCCGCGGAGCGGCGCCAGGCCACCCGCGGCCGGGGCGCGCUGCCGGGUGGCCGGCUGGGGCUUCGUGUCGGACUUCGAAGAACCCCCCCCAGGACUGAUGGAGGCCGAGGUCCGUGUGCUGGGCCUGGACGUCUGCAAUAGCUCCUGGAGGGGCCAGCUGAGCCCCCACAUGCUCUGCACCCGCAGUGGGGACCGGCGGAGGCGGGGCUUCUGCUCGGCGGACUCCGGAGGGCCUCUGGUGUGCAGGGGCCGGGCCCAAGGCCUCAUCUCCUUCUCAGGCCUCUGGUGCGGUGACCCCAAGACCCCCGAUGUGUACACACAGGUCUCUGCCUUCGUGGCCUGGAUCUGGGGUGUGGUUCGGGGAGGCCGCCCCACCUAGGAUUGCAGAGCACCGCCUGGGCGCUGCCUGAGCCACAGCCCUGCUGAUGACCUGCCACUUGGACUGCAGCACCCCAUGGCUGGACCCUGAGGCCCAGGCACUGGUUGUGGGGGAUCUCUGCUGCAAAUGAAGAGAGCAGAACCGAACCCAGUUGAUGACUAGACACGUGGGCACCAGCCUCUGCCACGGACAGUUCCGGGGCCCGGACCAGCCAGUGUCUGUCUUGCCUGCAGUCCUUUCCAUCCUUCCAUGCCCCCCACGGACCUCUGAGGAGGUAUCCGGCCCUCCCACCCUGGACCCCAGCACCCCUGCCGAGAAGACCGACAAGCCCACCAGUGUCCGGGUGGGGAAACUGAGGCUGGGAAACCUGGAGUGCUCUGAGGAGGGGUGGGGCUGCAGGGAUGCUGGACAGGGGUCUCCCUAUCUCAGGUGGGCCUGGCCUCCCAAGCCUUGCCCCCCGUCCUCUGAUGACCACAGCAGGUGGCCGGUCACAGAAGGAGAUUGCCCCAGGCUGUACAAUCACAUGGCUACUGCUGUUGCACCCCAA